UGGCAGUAAACAAAGCAAAACAUUUUCCACUUUCUCUCCGUCCGUCCUGUCCCUUCGUGUGCGUCUGCGUCUUCUUCCCACUCCUGUCUCUUUCUUCUUCGUUCGCGUUCAUUAAAAUCACGACUACGUCGAACUAAGUCCUAAAAAAAAUCAAUAAACAAUCAAUCAACGUUCAAAUUCCUGUGCAUUUCUCGCCGCUGCGUCAGAAAGCUUGAUCUGCCCCCGCCACCGCCGCCGGAUGUUCGUCCGGCGUCGUACUGUCCUGAAGCUGAGGACAGGAGCGGUGCCAGUUUACCUCAACGUAUACGAUCUCACGGCCAUCAACAGUUACGCCUACUGGCUUGGCCUAGGAGUUUACCACUCCGGCGUCCAAGUGCACGGAGUAGAGUAUGCGUACGGCGCGCACGAUCACCCAACGACAGGGAUCUUCCAAGCGGAGCCCCGAUCAUGCACCGGAUUCGCUUUCCGGAAGUCGAUCUUGAUUGGGAUGACGGAUCUGGGGCCAAGCGAGGUGCGGGAGCUCAUGGAUGAGCUCGCUCAUCGAUAUACGGGGAACACUUACAACCUUAUAUCGAAGAACUGCAAUCAUUUCUGUUACGAUGCCUGCCUUCGUCUCACUGGAAAUGGGACUCCACGAUGGGUCAAUCGCCUUGCGAAACUCGGAUUUCUCUGUAAAUGCGUUCUUCCGGUUCAAGUGGCGGCGGUGAGGAGCCGUUCGAAUGAUGUGAACAACGGCGGACUCGAAGGCGGGCGGCGGCGGCUGAGGAGCGGCUCUAUACGGUAUAGCGGCGACGAAAACGGCGGGGCUGCGCCGUCGCUGAAGGAUGUAAGCCGGAGUAGCAGAAGAAGCCGUCGGCCGUCGUCUUCGUCCUCUGCUGAUGGCGGCGGUGUUACGUCCUCGACGGAAUGGAAGUCGAAAGCUGAAUUGUAAUGCACCAUCGAGAUCUUUCCGUUAUUUUUUAAUAAAUUUUAUUUCGAGUUUUUUUGUUGCGUUUGCGACUUUGCGGUAAACAAAAAUAAAAUUUAAGAUUUUUUGGG